UUUAAAAGCUGAUCAGUUACAGAAUUCUUGACACAACUUGUUGAAGAGGAGUUCGAGCUAAUCUUCAGACUCCAGUCAACAUGAGAACACUUUUAGUCAUCUUUUUCCUCACCUGUGGCUUGUCAAGUCUUAUGGCAAAUGUCAUUGUUCAGGAUGGCGAUUAUAAAUUCCCCUUGGAUGAUGUGAAACAGUUAUGGGCAUUGAUGGACACAGACAAACUGGGACUGCCUGACGAUGAUAAAGCUUAUGUUUCUACCCUGUGUAACGAUUCGAAGCUGCCAAAUGCAUUUCAGCCAGUCUGCAGCUCAAGUGACGCUCUGCAGGUCUUUAACAGGCUGGAGAAACUAACAAUGAAGGCAGACCUCUGUGAAAUCUGCGCCUAUGCUGCUUGUACGGGCUGCUGAUCGAGGUUACAGCAACCUUACAGAUGCACCGCGAGUCUCUGUUUAAAAACCUGUUUUGAAGCUGCAGAAAUGUGUGACAGCAUCUUGUUUGUCCCCAGACUAAUUGAUCCAUGAUUAAUUAAAUCCGCAAAUGGUUUUUCUGUGAUCAUUAUUGGGAUCCCUGCCUUGCGUAUCACUUUCUUCGUUGGAGUGACAACAGUUGUUCUGCUGGAACAGUCCGUCUGCAUCUAACG